AUUCUCAAUUUUUUCAUAGCAGCUUUUUUUUUUUCCCAAAAAUUGAAAAAACCCAGAUUCUCUUCCCAAUUUGUAAAAGUAGAAAUUUGACCUUAAAUGUUAUGUUGAAGUUAAACUGUUUAUCAAAAUCAUUACUUUCUCUCUCCUCAUUCUCAACAACAACAACAACAACUACAACAACAACAAUUGUUUCCCGCUCUGCUACGCAUUUUAUCAAACAGUUGCCCUACAUUAACACUGUCUGCCGCUUUUCCUACCCUUUUUGUACUUCUUCUUCUUCUUCAAAUAGAGGGUUAAAUUUGGAAUUACAUAAAAAUAUUGAAGAGAGAGAAAGAAAGAUGAAGUAUGUUUUGGUUACUGGUGGUGUUGUUAGUGGUUUGGGUAAAGGUGUUACGGCUAGUAGUAUAGGUGUUGUGCUCAAAGCUUGUGGUCUUCGUGUCACUUCCAUUAAGAUUGAUCCUUACUUGAAUACCGAUGCCGGCACUAUGUCUCCUUUUGAGCAUGGAGAAGUAUUUGUACUUGAUGAUGGUGGAGAGGUUGACUUAGACUUGGGCAACUAUGAGAGAUUUCUUGAUGUGACUCUUACAAGAGACAAUAAUAUUACCACUGGGAAGAUAUAUCAGUCUGUCCUUGAAAGGGAGCGAAAAGGCGAUUAUCUUGGAAAAACUGUGCAGGUUGUUCCACACAUAACUGAUGCCAUUAAAGAAUGGAUUCAAAGAGUUGCAAACAUCCCUGUCGAUGGAAAUAAUGAGCCUGCUGAUGUUUGUGUUAUAGAGUUGGGAGGGACUGUAGGUGACAUUGAGUCAAUGCCAUUUAUCGAAGCUCUACGACAAUUAUCUUUUACAGUUGGAAAAGAAAAUUUCUGCCUCAUUCAUGUCAGCCUGAUUCCUGUUCUGGGUGUUGUUGGUGAGCAGAAAACGAAGCCUACUCAACAUAGUGUGAGAGAACUGAGGGCAUUAGGCUUGACUCCUCAUUUACUUGCAUGCCGAUCUGCACAGCCUUUGCUUGAAAAUACCAAGGAGAAGCUUUCACAAUUUUGCCAUGUUCCGGCAGAAAAUAUUCUUAAUGUUCAUGAUGUCCCCAAUAUCUGGCAUGUCCCACUUCUACUGCGGAAUCAAAAUGCUCACUCUGCUAUAUUGAGACAGCUGAAUUUACUCGAUGUUGCUGAAACUCCCAAUUUACAAGAGUGGACAACUCGGGCUGAGACAUAUGAUAACCUUUCCAACUCUGUUAGGAUUGCUAUGGUUGGAAAGUAUGUUGGUUUAACAGAUUCUUAUUUGUCCGUAGUAAAGGCGCUUUUACAUGCCUGCAUUGCGUGUUCCAUGAAGCCAGCUAUUGACUGGAUUGCAGCUUCAGACCUUGAAGAUGAAAGUGCCAAAUCGACACCAGAAGCCCAUGCUUCUGCAUGGAAGACUCUUAAGAGUGCUUCAUGUGUGCUGGUCCCGGGUGGAUUUGGUGAUCGUGGAAUCGGAGGAAUGAUAUUAGCUGCGAAGUAUGCUAGAGAAAAUAAUGUUCCAUAUUUGGGAAUCUGCUUGGGCAUGCAGAUUUCUGUCAUAGAAUUUGCGAGAUCCGUUUUGGGUUGGGAAGAUGCUAAUAGUGAAGAGUUUGACGAGAAAGCUUCCAAUCUUGUGAUCAAGUUUAUGCCAGAGGGUUCCAGAACACAUAUGGGAAACACAAUGAGAUUAGGUUCUCGGAAAACAUUGUUUAAGACCCCCCAUUGUGUGACCUCUAAAUUGUAUCAUAAUUCAAGGUUUGUGGACGAACGCCAUCGCCACAGAUAUGAGGUAAAUCCAAAUCUAGUAAAUGCUUUAGAAGAUGGUGGUCUAAAAUUUGUGGGAAGGGAUGAAAGUGGAGAACGAAUGGAGAUCUUGGAACUGCCUGGUCACCCAUAUUAUGUAGGGGUGCAGUUUCAUCCAGAAUUCAAAUCAAGGCCUGGGAGAGCUUCUGCUCCGUUCUUAGGUCUGAUUUUGGCAGCAACCAAUCAAUUAGAGGGUUAUUUGAAGACUGAUCAGAAUGGUAGCUAGUGUGGAAAUUUACGUUGGCGCAUCUUAUAGGUUUAAUUCUUACAGCGGGAAUGAUAGACAUAGCGUAAGGGUUGCUGCAUGAUUUUUGUGCCUAUUAUGAUCAAGAGGUGCGUUUGUAGCUCUAAGCAGCAUCGUUUUUUGUAUCCAUGGGUAUCAGAACAGAAGUCAGUAAUUUCUUUUCUGUGCUCAAUAGGAAGUUUUGGAUAGAAAAUAUUGGUGUUGGUUAUAGUAGCUCUGGAAUAACCACUCCAUUGGACUCCAGAAAAUCUACACAAUCGCUUUAAAAAAAUUCAAUCUUGUUUGGAGAGUAUUAUAUCAAUUGAAUUUCUUUUGCAUAACUA